AUGAACAGAAAAAAUCUAGUGAGAGAUGCCGGAUCUGCUCUUAGAGAUAAGUAUAUUACCUCGCAUCUGAACGAGAGUUUGAAGAUAGACCGCGAGUAUCCACCGCUCCACAGUGUAGGGGGGAUAAAGUACUUGCUACCGAAGAUAACGGAGCUUGUGUACAACCCACUGUUUGCCAAAGCAUCGUAUGACGAGAUUGGGAUCCAUCCUCCCAGCACUCUCCUGCUGCAUGGUGUUUCUGGGGUUGGGAAGACAUUUCUUGUGAACUGCAUUAGCCAGGAAUAUAAGCUUCCCAUUGUCAAAGCAUGCAUGGACUCCGACAAGGAGCUUCGGGAGUCGUUCAGGAAAUCUUCUCUGCUUGAAAGAUCGAUCAUACUUAUUGAGGACAUCGAUGCCCUGGGAGAGGACGACAGGAAAGUGAUCUCGCAGCUUUCAGAGUAUCUUGAGAAUCAUAAGGGAAAAUCGAUUGUGAUCUCCACUGCUCGGAAUCCUGCACUCAUACAUGAGAGUCUCAAUAAGUUUGACAACUCGUUGCUGGUGAAAAUACCCACCACGGACGAGAGGAGGGAUAUCCUGGCCCGGCUCGCCGAGAAAAUGAAGUGCCAGGGGGUUGACUGGACAGACCUUGCGAAGCUGAUGCCUGGAUUUGUUGCAAGAGACUUGAAGAGAACUCUGAAGAUCGCCUCCACAAAGGCUGUGAUGGACGGGUCCCCGGUUGUUAGGAUGGCUGACUUUGAGGCUGCACUGAGGGAGAUACGGUGGAAGGGAACGGAUAUCACAUUCGACAGCAUUGGAUCUCUCGAGGAUGUCAAGGAUGAGCUCAAUAUGAGCAUUGUUUUUCCGUCAAGGUUUCCAGAGAAAUUCCACAAGCUCGGAAUCACAAGGCCUUCUGGGAUCCUCCUCUAUGGACCUCCUGGAUGUGGAAAGACGCUGCUUGUCAGGGCCGUGUCGAACAUGAGUCACUGUAACUUCCUGAGCAUCAAGGGACCGGAGCUCAUAAGCAAAUAUGUCGGGGAUUCCGAGAAAGAGAUAAGAAAGCUGUUUGACAAGGCCAAGCAGCUGCAGCCAUGCGUCCUGUUUUUUGACGAGAUAGAUUCGCUGUGUGGAGAAAGGAGCGGAAAUGAGUUCACCGGCCGCAUAGUUAACCAGAUAUUGACACUCUUGGACGGGCUUGAGGACAGGGGGGAUGUGUAUGUAAUCGGAGCUACCAAUAGGAUUGAGAGCAUUGACAAGGCCAUACUGCGGCCUGGAAGAUUCGAUAAGAUCCUCAGGGUCCCGCUACCAUCCAGGAAAGGAUGCAUCGACAUAUUUAGGAAAUGUGCUGAAGGCGUCCCAAUAGAGCCUUUUGAUUUUGAAGAGCUGGAAUUAGAGGGAUUUAGCGGUGCAGAAAUAGCAGGUUUAAUCAGGGAUGCAGCAACAUUGUGCUUGAAGCAGAACUUCGAUGCAGAUUCGCUUGUCAUAACCAAGGAAAACAUCAUAGAGGCGCUGCAAACAGCAAGAGUCACCAAGGACUUCCGGUAG